CCACACUAUUAUUAUAAUUUUGGAUUAAAUUUACGAACUUUGGCAACCGCGGCCACAGUCGUGGAUUCGUCAUUGAACCACAUCAAACGCGAUUUCUACGACUAUAUCCAAAGGAAUAAUUAAUUAUGGGUGACAUUCAAACUCUUGUGGACAUGGGAUUUGCUAAAGAGAAAGCAGAAUAUGCUAUGAAAGUGACUAAUAAUAAAGGAGUGGAGCCUGCUAUGGAAUGGUUGUUGGCACAUGCUGAUGAAGAUAUUCCAGUAGAAACUGCUCCAUCUGUGAGUGUUGAGGACAGCGGUACAGUGGGCGAAAAUACAGAUCCAUCCUCAUCGGCUGAUGUUGAAGCAAAGUCGUUGAAAUGCGAUGAUUGUGGAAAGCUAUGUAAAGAUCAAACGGAAGUAGAAUUUCAUGCUGCAAAGACAGGACAUAGUAACUUCUCAGAGUCGAUGGAAGAAAAGAAACCACUUACUGAAGAGGAGAAAAAGGCACAACUUGCUUUGAUCGAGGAAAAAUUGAAACAAAAACGACGUGAACGUGAAGAACGUGAAAAGGGCGAGGCACUGGAAAGAGAGAAAAAUCGUAUCAAAUCGGGUAAAGAUAUGACUGAAGCACGGAAACGAAUGGAAGAGCUUGAAAUGAAAAAAAUAGUAGAUCAACGUAAGCGUGAAAAAGCUGAGGAAAAAGCAGCAAGGGAACGUGUUCGGGCUCAAAUUGAAGCUGAUAAAGCUGCUCGCAAAGCUAGAGAGCAAAACCAAAUUGAGCAACCUUCGUCAGUAACUACUUCCCCCACGCUGCCUGUUGCGGCAUCUACAAAUAGUGUUCGACAAGCGAAUAAAGAUUAUACUCAAACUCGUUUACAAGUUCGCUUGCGUGAUGGUUCCACACUUACUGAAACAUUCAACGUAAAGGAACCACUGUCUGCUGUGCGCGUUUUUAUUCAAUUGAAAACAGGUGACGAAGCGCCUUUUAAUUUAAUGACGACAUUUCCUCGAAAAGUGUUCACAGGGGAGGAUUUUGAAAAACCUCUAGAUGUGCUCGGCCUGGUGCCUUCUGCGGUGCUUAUUAUGACUAAAUAAACGCAAUUCCUUGGUGUGGAAAAUUCAUAAAUAUUAACUUAAGUGUGAGUCGAUAUAAAUUUACUGGUGUAAUUCAUUGUAGCGUUUUAUAUUCAACAUUUUGUAGUAUUAGUGGAGUAUAUUUGGUCAAAUAAAAAGGCCAGUAUAAAAGCAAUACAA